AUGACGAUGCUCCUGGACGGAGGCCCGCAGUUCCCUGGGCUGGGAGUGGGCAGCUUCGGUGCGCCGCGCCACCACGAGAUGCCCAACCGCGAGCCUGCAGGCAUGGGAUUGAACCCCUUCGGGGACUCAACCCACGCUGCGGCCGCUGCCGCUGCCGCCGCCGCCUUCAAGCUGAGCCCAGCCACCGCUCACGAUCUGUCUUCGGGCCAGAGCUCAGCCUUCACACCGCAGGGUUCAGGUUAUGCCAAUGCCCUGGGCCAUCAUCACCAUCACCAUCACCACCAUCACGCCAGCCAGGUGCCCACCUACGGCGGCGCUGCCUCUGCCGCCUUCAACUCCACGCGCGACUUUCUGUUCCGUCAGCGCGGUUCUGGGCUCAGCGAAGCAGCCUCCGGGGGCGGGCAGCACGGGCUUUUCGCAGGCUCGGCGAGCAGUCUUCACGCUCCAGCUGGUAUUCCUGAGCCUCCUAGCUACUUGCUCUUUCCUGGGCUUCAUGAGCAGGGCGCUGGGCACCCGUCGCCCACGGGGCACGUGGACAACAACCAGGUCCAUCUGGGGCUGCGCGGGGAGCUAUUUGGCCGUGCAGACCCAUACCGCCCCGUGGCUAGCCCGCGCACGGACCCCUACGCGGCCAGUGCGCAGUUCCCUAACUAUAGCCCCAUGAACAUGAACAUGGGCGUGAACGUGGCUGCCCACCACGGGCCGGGCGCCUUCUUCCGUUACAUGCGGCAGCCCAUCAAGCAGGAGCUAUCCUGUAAGUGGAUCGAGGAAGCUCAGCCGAGCCGGCCCAAGAAGAGCUGCGACCGGACCUUCAGCACCAUGCAUGAGUUGGUUACGCAUGUCACCAUGGAGCAUGUGGGGGGCCCGGAGCAGAACAACCACGUCUGCUAUUGGGAAGAAUGUCCCCGCGAAGGCAAGUCCUUCAAGGCGAAGUACAAACUGGUCAACCACAUCCGAGUGCACACUGGCGAGAAACCCUUCCCGUGUCCCUUCCCGGGCUGCGGGAAGAUUUUUGCCCGCUCUGAGAAUCUCAAGAUCCACAAGAGGACCCACACAGGUGAGAAACCUUUCAAAUGUGAAUUCGAGGGCUGUGACAGACGGUUUGCCAACAGCAGCGACCGCAAGAAGCACAUGCAUGUGCACACCUCGGACAAGCCCUAUAUCUGUAAAGUGUGCGACAAGUCCUACACACACCCGAGCUCCCUGCGCAAACACAUGAAGGUUCAUGAAUCUCAAGGGUCAGAUUCUUCCCCUGCUGCCAGUUCAGGCUAUGAAUCUUCCACUCCACCCGCUAUAGCUUCUGCAAACAGUAAAGAUACCACUAAAACCCCUUCUGCAAUUCAAACUAGCACCAGCCACAACCCUGGACUUCCUCCCAAUUUUAACGAAUGGUACGUCUGA